AUGUCAUCCUCACAUCAGAGUAUGGAGAUUGUAUCAGGAAAUCCAGUAAUGCCAUUCCAGUCCAUGGGCCAUGGUCUACCGCAUGGCUCACCAACACAACAUGGCACCAAUGGGGGUGGCUACAUGAUGAUGAACGGUUCUCCAGUGCCAUUCGUCCCACAAAAGUACAACUACAAUACCAGUCAGAUGGAGGCUGAUCUCGCGCCAUUGACACCAAGAAGCUUUGCCAAGUAUAACAACAGUGGUGCCAAGUUGUUCCCCAAUGCAUCAUCAUCGUCAUCAUCGAUCCAACAACAACAACAUCAAUCACCAAUGGUUAUGUCCACCAACAACAAGAAUCAACCAAUGGCCAAGUCCACUCCAAACCUAUACAACCAAUACUACUUUGGUGUGCCGACCAACUAUAGUAACAUUGCCGGUCAAGCUCCAUACCUCUAUCAGAAUGCCUUGCACCAACAACAACAGGCUCAUCAACAGCAACAACAACAAGCAUAUCAACAACAACAACAACAACAACAAGCUCAACAACAACAACAACAGAGCAACUCACCAUUUGUAUCACCACAAAUCUUGUCAUCAUACUAUAACAUGCCUUCGACUCAACAACAACCAACCCAAGCUCACAACGCUGUUCCACAACAGCAGUUCCAACAACCAAUGUCGGUACAACAACAACAAGCAUACCUCCAUCAACAACAACAACAACAUCAACAAGCUGUACAACAACAACAACAACAACUUCAUAUACAACAACAACAACAUCAACAACAACAACAACAUCAACAGCCAGCUCCAAGCACGACCACUUCAUCCUCAUCAUCCACAACAACUCAUCACACAUCAAAGAGCCAAGCCAAGAGUCGCAAUCCCUUCCCAAAGUCCAACCUAAUACCAAAGUCUGCCUCAUCAACCAAUCUCCAAGCCAACAACAAUACUCAAUCAAACAACCACAACAACAAUGUAAACAUCAACAAUAACCAAAACAACAACAACAACAAUAUGCAGAAUGUUGGCUCCAGUGGAUCUUCAAACAGUACUCCACCAGUAUCCUCCCCCAAUCACUCAUUGAGCGCCUCAGUCUCACCCAAGCUCCAGCCAGAGACACUAAUGCAAGCACCUGAGGAGCCAAGGACCAAGUCCAAGAAGCCACUGAGUAUAUUGAUCCCAGAGGCCAAGUCAUCGGCGACCACUCCUCAGGUCAAGGUUGAGAGCAACAGUGGAAACAUUGUGGCCGAGAGCGUGGCUUCUAGACAACACGACCUUCCUCUUAAAGCCAACGAAGCACCAAUACUUCCAUCGCCACGUGAUAUCUAUCCAAUGUUGAUGGACUACCACUGGCCACGUCCAUCACCCGGAGGACCUGGCGGCAUGGGCACUCCCGGCACUAUCGACCUUUCCUUCUUCAGUGCACUGCCAUCUCCCAGCAAGUUUUGGAACGACGGACAAUCUCCACUAUUGUCCUUGGGCAAUGCCGAUGGUGAUCUAAAGAAGAAGCUGAGUGCAGUAUAA